AUGAUCACCAUCCACCUGCCCUCCCCUGUGAUGGCUCAGAAGUACCGCUGUGAGCUCCUGUACGAGAGGCCCCCAGACGAUGAGGCAGCCAUGGGCAUUAAAAGUUGUGAUCCCAAAGGCCCUCUCAUGACAUACACUUCCAAAAUGGUGCCAACCUCUGACAAAGGCAACAUCAUGGGCCUGGUGGGCAUGGACCAAUUCCUGGUGAAGACCGACACCAUCACCACCUUUGAGCAUGCCCACAACACGUGGGUGAUGAAGUUCAGCGUGAGUCCUAUCGUCAGGGUCGCUGUGGAGGCCAAGAACCCAGCCAACCUGCCCAAGCUGGUGGAGGGCCUGAAGGCAUCGACAAGGGCGAGGUAUCUGCACCAGGAGCUCAAGCAGCGGGCCCGCUACCUGGCCGAGAAGUAUAAGUGGGAUGUGGCCGAGGCCCGCAAGAUCUGGUGCUUCGGCCCUGACGGCAUGGGCCCCAGCAUCCUCACAGACAUCACCAAGGGUAUGCAAUACCUCAGUGAAAUCACGGACAGUGUGGUGGCUGGCUUCCAGUGGGCCACCAAGGAUGGGGCGCUGUGCAAGAAGAACAUGCAGGGUGUGUACUUUGACGUUCAUGAUGUGAUGCUGCACACCGAUGCCAUCCUCUGUAGGGGCAGCCAGAUCAUCCCCACGGCCUGGCGCUGCCUGUACGCCAGUGUGCUGACCGCCCAGCCCUGGCUCACGGAGCCCAUCUACCUUGUGGAGAUCCAGUGUCCAGAACAAGUGGCUGGUGGCAUCUGUGGUGUCCUGAAGAGGAAGCGGGGUCACGUCUUCGAGGAGGCUCAGCUGGCUGGCACCCCCAUAUUUGUCGUGAAGGCCUACCUGCCUGUCAAUGAGUCCUUUGGCUUCACCGCUGACCUGCGGUCCAACACGGGUGGCCAGGCCUUCCCCCAGUGUGUGUUCGAUCACAGGCAGAUCCUGCCUGGCGACCCCUUCACCACCACCAGCCGCCCCAGUCAAGUGGUGGUGGAGACGCACAAGCACAAAGGCCUGAAGGAACGCAUCCCAGCCCUGGACAACUGCCUGGACAGGUUGCAGGCGGCCUCGGCACGGUCCCCGCGCCCAGGGACAGUGACCACAGCACCAAGCCCCCACAUUCUCCACGACACCUCGAGGUUAUCCAGACCCAGUAACGCUCUGCCUGACAGGUUUCUGGGGCCCACUUCGUGCCAUCGCUCAACAUGA